AUGCGGAUGGCGCAUUUCAGUUCAAACUACCAACAUCUCCCCUGCGAGGUAGAGUUUCUCUGGGACUCUGGUACGGAGGUUAAGGUGACCUCAUAUAUCAACAACCUGAACCCCGCUCACAAAGAGCUAUAUAAAAACAUUGAGAAGCUCAUUUCCUUGGCCAUCAAACCAUGGAACGCCUGUCUUAUCAAAGUUCAUAGCCGAAUGGAUGACUCCCAGAAUCUUGGGCAGAAAGGGCCUGUUCCUUUGCGAAUCAUUACAUGGGGCAUUGAAUGGGUGAAUGAGCUCUCAGAAUGGGCCGUCGCAUUUAGAGUCCCGGGGAAAGUUAGGCAGGAGCGUUAUCGCGAAGCCAAAGAAGUUUUUGAGAGCACUAUUGCGGAUCAAACACAUAGUGGCAGGAAGAAGAACAUCUGGGCGCAAAAAAGACUAGCCGGUUACGCGGAUGUCAAAGGGAGGGAAAACAUGGAAUUACCUCCCCCUGAUUCAGAUCUUUGGCAGAGGGCUAAGGAUUAUCUUGCACAGCACAGCCUGAGAAUGGAUCAAUCACGACCAGAUAACUGGAAAGAAAGCGAAUACUCUUUAUUCGGGGCCCUCGAAGAGAAAGUUGAAAAAACGAUCUACUGGAAACAUCCUCAGCCAGGAACUGCUUUUUCAUAUAAAGAUUGGCAGACUAACAAGCACAAUGAUAAAUCAAUCAUUGAUAUUGUUCGCCAGCGAGCCGGGCACAAUUACAAUUUCACACCAAAAACACCCCCACACAUCCCUUAUACGAUUUCUCUCCAAGACACAUUUCGAAGAAAGGGCCUGCAGGUUCUUAUCGAAAUGAAAAUCAUUGAGCUCACGCCGAGUACUCCUAUCUCUCACAGCGAUGCCUGGCAGCUUGAAGGUCAGUUAAACGACCACAUUGUAGGUGUGGCGGUUUUCGGCUACGAUAUCGAAAACAUAACCACACCCCACAUUUCUUUCCGCCAACACACCAUGCUUUACGGGGGGUACUAUCGAUACAAGGAGUGGCAGAUCAACAGGGACAAGUACCAAUUUCGGGCUAGGCCUGCUUGUGACUAUGGCAAAAGUGGGGAAGAAGACAUAUUAGCGGAAAUCCUGGGGUUCUCACCCCCCUCCUACUUCUAUGCGGAUGUGCUUGGAGAUCCCCGAGUGCAGGGUACAGGCUCUGUCGCGAUACCGCAGGGGAGACUUGUCACGCUUCCCAAUGCGAUAGAGAGCAGAAUGGAACAGUUCCAAUAG